CCACCCCCUGCUCCAUCGCCCCCCUCCCCCGCUCCCCCAUCUCCCCCUCCCCCUGCUCCAUCUCCCCCUCCCCCUGCUCCAUCUACCCCACCCCCUGUUCCAUCGCCCCCCUCCCCUGCUCCACCACCCCCUCACCCUGCUCCAUUGCUCCCCUCCCCCGCUCCUCCAUCUCCCCCUCCCCCUGUUCCAUCUCCACCUCCUUCUGCUCCAUCUCCCUCUCCCCCUGCUUCAUCUCCCUCUCCUUCUGCACCAUCUCUCCCCUCCCCCGCUCCAUCACCCCCUGCCCCCUCUCCCCAUCCCCCUACUCCAUCUCCCCCUCCCCCGUUCCAUCUUCACAUUCCCCCUGCUCCAUCUCCACCUCCUUCUGUUCCAUCUGUCCACGCUCCAUCUCCCCCUCCCCCUGCUCCAUCUCCACCUCCCCCUCCUGCUCCAUCUCCGACUCCGCCUGCUCCAACUCCCCCUCCUCCUGCUCCAACUCCCCCUCCUCCUGCUCCAACUCCCCCUCCUCCUGCUCCAACUCCCCCUCCUCCUGCUCCAACUACCCCUCCUCCUGCUCCAACUCCCCCUCCUCCUGCACCAACUCCCCCUCCUCCUGCUCCAACUCCCCCUCCUCCUGCUACAACACCCCCUCCUUCUGCUCCAUCUCCCGCUCCCCUUACUCCAGCUCCCCCCGUUCCGUCUCCUCCAUCUCCCCCUCCCCCUGCUCCAUCUCCACCUCCCCCCAUUCCAUCUCCUCCUCCUUCCACUGCAUCUCUCCCUGCUCCAUCUCUCCCUUCCCCUGCUCCAUCUCCAAUUCCUUCUGCUCCAUCUCCCCCACUCCCUGUUCCAUCUCCACCUCUCCCCGCUCCAUCUCCACCGCCUUCUGCUCCAUCUCCCCCUACCCCUGCGCCAACUCCUGCUCCAACUCCCCCUCCUCCUGCUCCAACUCCCCCUCCACCUGCUCCAAAUCCGCCUCCUCCUGCUCCAACUCCCCCUACUCCUGCUCCAACUCCCCCUCCUCCUGCUCCAUCUCCCCCUCCUCCUGCUCCAUCUUCCCCGUCCCCUGCUCCAUCUCCCCCUCCCCUUCUCCAUCUCUCCACUCCCCCCACUCCAUCUCCACCUCCUGCUCCAUCUUUCCCCCUGUUCCAUCUCCACCUCCCCCCUGCUCCACCUCCUUCUGCUCCAUCUCUCCACGCUCCAUCUCCCCCUCCCCCUGCUCCAUCUCCCCCUCCUCCUGUUCCAUCU